GUACGUGUAAUUUACAGAUAACUUUUACAUAUGUUGAAUUAUUAUAUGUGCAUUUUGUUGCAUUUAUUGUUUAAUUACAGUUAACAUACUACGUUAUAGUUUUCUAAUGUCAAAAAACAAUCAUUAAUCGUUAAAUAUAUAUUUUAACCUAAAAUUAAAUUAAAAAGAUAAAAUCGUUAAUUUUUCAAGAUUUUAUAUAAUUUUAAUCAAUGUGCAAUGUUUUAUUACGCACGUACACAAUAUUAUAUUUAAAAAUAACAGAAUAAUAGUGAUAAUAAUAUUGUAGAAAUAAUAUUUUUCUAAAAACAAAACAAAAAUGGCUAAGAUCAAAACUCAAGAAAGAAUAAUGAAGCCAAGAAGCAAAUUGAACAGCAAUCCAUUUAAUACUAAAAAAGAUGCUAAAGCUAAAUUACCAAUAUUUAAUUCAGUCAUUACCGCAGUAUGUAUUGCUAUUGCUGCGUGGUUCAGUUUUAAAGGGUAUCUUGAAACUAGGGUAAAUACACCGUACGAAAUAGAAAAGUUGGUAACCAUGAACGGGUUGGAUGUACCUGAUAGAUAUUGGGGUACAUAUAGACCUAAUGUUUACUUCGGAAUGAAAACAAGAGAUCCACAUUCUUUGGUAACUGGACUAAUGUGGUAUUCUCCACAACAUUUACGACAGGAUGGUACUGGUCUUAGGCAUUGGUGCGAACAGGGUGACAAAUUAGAUAGAUAUGGUUGGUUGGAACAUGAUGGAAGAACAUUUGGAGUCCAAGAAAUAGUUGAUUCGUCUGUAAUUUUAACAACAACAUUUGUAAAAAGACUAAGUGGUCAAUACGGCGGUGAUUGGACAACAAAAAUUAGUGUCAAUUCUAAAGAUUCUAAAAAACUUGAACAGGAAAUCUCUUUACUAUUUUAUAUCGCUAUUGAAGAAAAUACCAAAGGAUGGAUUGAAGUGAAUUCCGAUAAUGAUGACAAUUUGACAGGAAUGACUGGAAAUACGCAGGGAUUAGGCUCCUUUAAUAUUAAUAUACAUGCCACUAAAGGUACUAUAGAAGAACAUUCAUUCUUGUCAACAACGUCGCCAAGUUUAACUGCGCUAACGGAUACUGUUUUUAAAAAUUUGAGAAGAGCAUCGUAUAAAAAAAGUAACAAGAAACAUAUAGUAUUGUCUGGUGAACAACUUUCAUUAUUGGCAGAUGGAACUAAAGAGAAACCUAAUUUUAUUGUUACACAAGUAACAGGAAAAGUUCCUUUUGAAAUAGAAAUUAAUUAUGAAUCGGAAAGUUUCACCAAUAGAUUAAAUAAAUUGAGUAACGAUAUAUAUGAUCAAGAAUUACAAAAGCAGCGUAAAUUAUUUGACGAAAAAUUUGAAAACAUUUUCAAAUUAAAAUCUAAAGGUUAUUCUAACGAAGAAAUAUCUUUUGCUAAAAUGGCAUUUUCUAACAUGAUUGGUUCCAUCGGAUACUUCUAUGGAAGUUCCCAAGUUCAAAGUACUUACACCAAAGGUCCUGUGCCUUAUUGGAAAGCACCUUUAUAUACUGCUGUACCUAGUAGAAGCUUUUUCCCUCGUGGCUUUUUAUGGGAUGAAGGAUUUCAUGGCUUACUUAUUUCAGCAUGGGAUUUAGAAAUUGAAUUAGAUAUCAUAAGUCAUUGGUUUGAUUUAAUGAAUAUUGAAGGUUGGAUACCGAGAGAAAUGAUUUUAGGUCCUGAAGCAUUAGCCAAAGUGCCAGAUGAAUUUGUAACGCAGAUGAAUACUAAUGCAAAUCCUCCAACAUUCUUUUUGACUUUACAUUAUAUUCUUGAACAUAAACAACAAGAAUUGUUAGAUAAACAUUAUCAUCUCCUCGACAAAUUAUAUCCUCGUCUUCAAGCUUGGUUCAAUUGGUUUAAUACAACACAAAUUGGUGAAUUUCCAAGUACAUAUAGAUGGCGAGGUAGAGAUUCCAAUACUAAUAGAGAAUUAAAUCCAAAAACUCUUACAUCAGGAUUGGAUGAUUAUCCUAGAGCUUCGCAUCCAAAUAUUUAUGAACGACAUGUAGAUUUACGUUGUUGGAUUGCAUUUGCUGCUAAUGUUAUGUCCAGAAUUACAGAGUUCUUGAAUCAUUCCAAUAAUAAAUACCAAGAGACCUUUGAUUAUUUGUCCGAUAAUAAUUUGUUGAAUAAACUACAUUGGUCAUUUAAUACACAAACUUACUCAGAUUUUGGUCUCCAUACCGAUAAAGUUGUCUUAAUGAGACCGCAUUCGCAAUCUAAUGCAAAAUCUUCAGAAAUGGUUAGAGUUGUCUUAGACGAUCCAACUUUAAGAUACGUUGAUUCCUCUUUUGGUUACGUAUCCUUAUUUCCGUUCAUUUUACAAAUUAUUGAUCCUAAUUCGUUACAACUAGAAAAAGUUUUACAAGAUCUAACAGAUCCUGAUUUACUCUGGACAAAAUAUGGGUUAAGAUCGCUUGCAAAAACAUCGCCGCUUUAUAUGAAAUAUAAUACAGAACAUGAUCCACCCUAUUGGCGUGGUACUAUUUGGAUAAAUUUAAAUUACUUAACAGUUCGAGCUGCUCAUUAUUAUUCCAAAACUGAAGGACCUUUUCAAUCAAAAGCAAAGAAAGUUUAUGACGAUCUGAGAUACAAUAUAAUACAAAACGUUAUACAACAAUACAGAUAUAGUGGCUAUGUAUGGGAAAAUUAUAGAGAUACGUUAGGUAGUGGAAAAGGCAGUCAUCCAUUUACGGGUUGGACAUCAUUGGUGGUUUUACUUAUGGCAGAAAUUUAUUGAAGAAUAUUUUAUUACUCGUGAAAUAUAUAACAUACUCUUUUAGAUAUAGAGUAAUAUAAUUAAAGUAAGAAGAAGAAACCAGAGGAGGUUCCUUCAAAUUUAUACAGAUUUUUAAGUCUUGAAGGAACAACACAAACACAAAAAGAUUUAAAAUAAUAAUAAUAAUAAUAAUAAUAAUAAUAAAUUGAUACAAAUGAUUAUAUAAAAAUCAACUUUUAAAUAUAUUAUCAAAAUAUUCAGGAUGUUUGAGGUUUUUCCUCGCUAAACGGUGUCAGUGUAUUCUAUGCACGAAAAUAAGGAAAACAAUUACACCCUGUAUAUUAUAAAACUUUAUAUAUAGUUCUAUUUGUUAAGUAGUAUAUAAGUAAUAUGUACAGCACAAUGCAUUUAAUGAUCAUAAAAUAUUUUAUAUAUGCAUUAUUCUCUAUUUAUAUAGCGAGGCCAAAAAUAACAAGUAAUAAGUAGAAGAAUCAGUCUACAUUAUAACAUAUUGAUCUAUGCACACUUUACAAGGCAAAUAUAUAUCUUCAUUAUCAUUAUAUUAGUUACGUAUAGUACCGUAAUCUACGUAGAAUAAUGUGAAUGUGGCAUGAACGACAGUGACACAACCAUUAAUCAAUUUAAUGGGCAGGACCUGUUCCACAAAUAUUUUCGAUAUUGUAAUAACCCACUUAAUAUGUUAUCUUAUUAGAAACAUAUAUAUUUCCAUUCUUUUCUAACAGCCAAUUUAAAAACGUAUACAUCAAUGUUUUUUUCCUUAUUACACUAUUUCAAUACUUCUAAAGUAUGAAUAAUUUUCAAAUCAAAACGAAGAAGAUUUGAUUUUUUAUUACAAAAUGGAUUAUUAAAGUAAUUUAUAUAAAAAAUUAUAUUGUUAAAAGAAUAAUUAAAAUUACGAUUUUUAUUUGAAAGAGAUAAUGAGAAAGUAUCUUGCCACUUUCAGAGACACUGGCUGUGAAUUGUUAAAAUUUACUUUGUAAUUUACUUUCAAUAAAUCUAUUUACUAUAUUUACUUCAAAAUUCUAAUAUAAUA